GGGGGCGAUAGCGCUCUCGGACUUUCUGGUGAAUGAAGAGGAACGCGAAGAAAACAGCAACAAAACAACAAUAAAAUGGAGAGUGGAGUAGGCCUAACGUUAGAGGUGGGAUCUACUACAGUCUUUAAAUGGACUGAUGCGAACACCGCAGAGCUGAUCGUGUGGCGCGUCAGUAAUAACAGCCUGUUCACGGGGAAGAAGAACACCGCCCUGAGAGCCUUCGAGCUGUUCGUCAAGGAGAAACGGCUGGAGGGGAAAGUGACUCCGGCAUGGGUGAAGAAGAAGUGGGAGAACUUAAGACAGAAAUAUAAGGAUAUCAAGAGCCUCAGUAUGAUGGGAGGUGACCCGCUGGUGACUCCAUGGAAGUGGUAUGCAGUGAUGGAUCAGGCUCUGAGUGGCGAGCUCACUAUGGCUCACUCACUUCUGUCCAACCUUUCCAACCUGUCUAACCUAACCAACUUGUCGAGCACAUCCAGCCCUUUCCCUGUCCCCGUGUCCUCAUCUGGCCAGGAUGGUCCCCCUGCCAAGAAAAGGAAGGAGCAGUAUUGGCUCGCUGCCUUGCAGGAGCUUGAGAGGAGGCAGGAGGAGCGCGAGAGGCGUGCCGCAGAGAGGGAGGAGGAGAGGGAGAGGCGGGCAGCCGACAGAGAAGAAGAGAGGGAGAGACGGGCGGCUGAGCGAGAGGAGGAGAGAGAGAGGCAGGCUCUGGACCGAGAGAAGAAGAGGGAGCAGGAGCUGCUCUCCAGGCAGGAACGUUGGGAAAGGGAGCUGCAAGCCAGAGAGGAGAGGAGAGAGAGGGAGUACAGAGAAAGAGAGGAGCGAAGGGAUCGAGAAGCCGCUGCAAGGGAGGACCGGCUGUUCAAGCUCCUUGAGACGUUCAUGUCUAAACAAUACAACACAAAUUGAGCCAUGUUGGUGUCUCAGAAAUGUCUGCCUUCUACUAAUAAAUCGUACCAGGUUUUGUAUCUCGUUGUUGUUUGCGUCUUUUAGCUGGAGUCUUUUGGUACUGAGAAAUAAUUUGGUAAGUAAGCUAACAGUUCAACCAUCUGCAGCCUCUUCAUGUGUCUUUUAACAUCUUUAAUAAGCUCCCUGGAAUAAAAGUUACAGCCAUCAAUGACUGCACAUUUCUAUACAAUUUUAAUAGCUUGCACAACUGGACAAAGGUCAUUUUAACAUGGCUUAAAGCUUGAUAGUCAGCUGUUGGCCACACUCUUUAAGUUUCAUGUCCAAGCAGAACAGACUCUUACAUUCCAAGAGUGCAAAUGUAGAGACUAAAUCUGUGUAAUCUGGCCAGACUUGUUGGCAUAAAGGAGCAGGACUAGCCUGCAAGAACUGAUCUCAGUCCCACAGAGAAGAGAGAGCUUCUUAGGAAAGAAAUUGUGUAUAUCUGAUUUUUCAAAAUUCACCACAGGUCAUGUCAGUGCUAAAUUACAGUAAUCCAUUUCAUCCGUCAUUUAUGGCAUUCAGAGGACACCUUCUAUCUACACUUUCCUUUAUACAACUGAGCAGUUAAGGGUUAAGACAUUUGCUAAAGUGCCCAGUAGUGGUAGCUUGGCAGUGCUGGUUUUGAGCUCAUGACCUUCUGAUCAGUAGGCCCACACCUUAACCACUGAGGUACCACAGUCCAGGCGCAUGUUGAUGCUGUAACACUCUUGUUCUGGGGAACAUUUUCUCUGAUUUUCCUUUGAUGACACGAUGAAAAGUGUUCGUAUUUCUGUGUGUCUCAUGAUUGUUUCUGAAAGAAAACCCUUAGUUCUCUUUAAAGGUUGGAUUAUAUAUUUUGUUAUUGCACAAGCUCAACAGUUAGCAGCAAGGUUACUGACAGGAAGAAAACAGUAGACACAUAAAACACUGUGUAUUUGCACUCACAAACAAUGACAUACAGUGACAAUCUCUCUCUCUUCACAGGCACCUUGUUAGCUUAAGCUACUGCAGUUUGUUGCAUUGUUUGAUUAUAUAACUAUAACUGUCUGAUUUUAUAUAUAUGUGUGUGUAUAUAUAUAUAUAUAUAUAUAAAAAUACACACAUACAU